AUGGAGGACGCAAAUGUGACGUCAUACCCUGGAGGGGAGCCCCUCAAUGCUUCCAGCGGCAGGAAUGGGUCCCAGGGCGGCCUCCACUGGGAAAUCCCGAUUGUGCACGGAGUGAUCCUCGGCGUCUCCCCAUUGGGAUUUGUGGAAAACGGGGUCCUCCUCUGGUUCCUCUGCUUCCGGAUGAGAAGGAACCCCUUCACGGUCUACAUCACGCACCUGUCCGUUGUGGACAUCUCCCUGCUCUUCUGCAUCUUUGUUCUGUCGGUGGACUACAUUUUGGAUUUUGAGCUCACUCCCAGCUAUUACUACACGACCAUCACCUUGUCGGUCACUUUCCUUUUUGGUUACAACUCUGGCCUCUACCUGCUGACGGCCAUCAGCGUGGAGAGGUGCCUUUCGGUCCUAUACCCCAUCUGGUAUCGGUGCCAUCGCCCCAAGCACCAGUCAGCCUGCGUCUGUGCCCUCCUGUGGGCACUCUCUUGCCUCGUGACUGUCACAGAGUACGCUGUGUGCAUCACCCACUCACAGAGGGGCUUCUAUGGGCACUGCCAAGCCGUGCUAAUCUUCAUUGUCAUCCUCAACUUCUUGGUCUUCAUGCCACUCAUGUUGGUGUCCAGCCUCAUCCUGGUGGUGAAGAUCCGCAGGAACACACGGGCGCCCCACAGCUCCAAGCUCUACAUCAUCAUCAUUGUCUCCAUCAUCGUCUUCCUCAUCUUCGCCUUGCCCCCAAGGCUUCUGUACCUGCUCAACUUCCGGGACUGGUCCACAUUUGGGUAUUUGCACCACAUGUCCCUGCUCUUCUCCACCAUCAACAGCAGCGCCAACCCUUUCAUCUACUUCUUCGUGGGUAGCAGCAAGAAGAGGCGGUUCAAGGAGUCCUUGAAGGUGGUCCUGACCCGGGCUUUCAAGGACGAGACCCAGCCCCAGCGCCAGGUAGACAGAGGCCAUGUGGCCAUGAUUGAGACCAUCGUCUGAGCCUGAGGAAGGGAGCCAGGGGCUUGGAUCAGGGACCCCAAGCACGCCAGACUGGUGCUGAGAGGAGCAGGGAGGUGCUCCUCACCCCAGGACCAGAUACCUCAUCCCACACGCAUGUGACCUGAAUCCCGCCAUGGGCUUGUUGGUGUGCUGUGUGCCCAGACAGUGCUGCAUGCCCGGACCCCUGGCUGGUUUCUGGACCAAUCACAAAACCCUUCCUGUGCCUCACUGACUCUCCCAGCUUGCUUUCCCAUGGACGAGCACACCGCCUCCUACAGAAAGGCUUCCGGAUGUGUCCCAGGAGUGUGAGAAGGUGUGAUGCAGUGCCAAGAACGAAGGUUUGGGAUCACCUCCAGGACCACACGUGUGGAAUUUCACAUCCUCACUUUGACGGUGGCUGUGAGAUACCCCCCACCCGUGUGUCCGGAGUGGACACAGAAGCCCUUGGCAUGUGUCAAUGCUGAAUAAAUGUCUCUUGCCACUCCCUGACGUGAAACAUGAGCUACCUGGUUCUGGUUUGAAGCAUUUCCCGGUGCGGGUACAUGCAUGGCUCCCGUGGGUCCUCUGUCUUGAAGGUUGGUUGGUGGUGACGAGGCAGAGGCAUGGAAAGAUCCCUGAAGAGUGACUCCUGCAGCUCCUCCCCCCCCACACACACCAGUCUCAGAGUGCUCUGUGGUAGUUAAAUCCAUUUGGGACCCCUUUUGCUUGGUAGAGAAUUAGGAGUGGUCCCCAGGCUGCAGUCCUGCUGAGGAACUGCUCCUUGGAAAUGCCGUUCCUUCGCAUUCUGGGGUCAGGACGUGUUAUUCUAUCCUACAAAUCUCUCUUCUCUGGAUUCCAGGGGAUUUUUCUGGAGUUUCUGAGACCAGGAGUGAAAUGUUCAUACCUGAAGAUUCUUGUUAGAUUUUCAGGAUAAAUUCUCACAUAUGGCUUCUGAGUACAGCACAAAUAAACUCUACUUGCUAAUAAGCUUAAAAUAAAAAAAGCCCAGAACGUUCCUAAUACUGGGUUGAUUAGCACUUGCAAGCUCUGUGUAUCUCUGUCGGAAACCAGGAACAUAAGUCGAUGUGAAGGUGUGGAAUAAAUAUUUCAGGAUUGUAUUAAUGCGAACGCCAUGGUCAUGCUGACUUCCUGAUGUGUGCUUUUGAUCUGAGCGUGCCCUUUAGACCUGGGCAGAAAGCUCCAAACAGUCCGAAACCCCAUUAAACAAGAAUGGAACAAGAAAAGAUCAUUAAAAGCCCUGCAGGCUCAUUAGCUCCUUGGAGCCGCUUGGCAGUCUAUGGGGAAAGCAGACAGUGAGCAGCCCUGGCACUCCCGCGGGCGGGGCUCAGCGGCCGGGCACCCCACCGCUCUGCAGAGGGAAUGGCAGGGCGUCUGGGAACUUCGGAGGAUUUCACCCCUCCCUAACCUCCCCCUUUAUUCCUCUCCUCUCCUCUCCUCUCCUCUC